GGUAUAGCGUCUAUACGUAUAAUUUACCGCUGUCGAAUUCGCGGACCGCGGGCUAUAUUUUCAGCUGUCGUACGUUUCUAUAGCAAAUAUUUCAUUGUUCCUGUUUCAAAAUGGCGAAUUUGUAUCUGUAAUAAGUCGAACGUUGAGGCCUCGAGGGGUUUCUGGUGCGGGAUCGGUUAAGCGGCGGGCGACGGCAAAGCGACGGUCGCCCGGCUGACGACUUGUAAGCGCGGCGAGAGGUUGUCGACCUAUCGAUUUUUUGUCUGCGACCUCUUGUCGGCGGGCGGGCCGUUGACUGGUGUCGGCCAGGGUGGCUCCCGGGUCUGCGGAGGCGCCGAGCCACCGCUCUUCAAGUCAGCUGACAUCAUGGCAGAAUAUCAUGGUCAAGGCAUGGAUGCAGGCGGGAACAACUUUGACUCCGGUCAACAGCCACAGGAGCAGGAGUUGGCGACGAAAAUGCUGCAGAUCCAAUCCAAACGAUUCUAUCUCGACGUGAAACAAAACCGGAGAGGGCGGUUCAUCAAAGUUGCUGAGAUCGGUGCAGAUGGUCGUCGUAGCCAGAUAUUCCUGGCGAUGUCCACAGCUGCUGAGUUCCGCGACCACCUCUCGAGCUUCAGUGACUAUUACUCGUCCCUUGGCCCGCCUAAUCCUGAAAAUGUGCCUGAUGAUGGGAAACUCAAGUCUGAGAUGAUGUUAAAGGACAACAGAAGAUACUAUCUAGACCUUAAAGAGAACUCUCGCGGGCGUUUCCUACGCGUUUCUCAGACGAUCACGCGCGGUGGACCGCGCAGUCAGAUCGCGUUGCCCGCUCAGGGAAUGAUUGAGUUUCGUGAUGCUUUGACUGAUUUAUUGGAUGAUUUUGGCACUGAUGAUGGGGGGUACAAAGGCGAGCUCCCCGAAGGGCGCCACCUCCGCGUCGACAACAAGAAUUUCUACUUCGACAUCGGACAGAACAAUCGCGGGAUAUACAUGAAAGUCAGCGAGGUUGUACCUUCGUUGCAAGUGAAAAGCAAUUUCCGUACAGCGAUCACGGUGCCAGAGAAGUGUUGGUCUCGUUUCCGGGACAUAAUGGCCGAAUACUGUGAUAAGAUGGGACGUGCGCAGAUGUCCCCGCCUACGCACCAGGGCGGCAGCGGUUCUGGAGGUAGAGCCGGCAGUGCGCAGCCUGCACGGGAAAUGGACACAUUUGGCGGAAACGGCGCGAGUCGGAUUUGAUGCGAUCACUUCGGCUACUUCCGGCCGUGAGCCCUGUACAUACGCCCUUUAGAAAUAAGAUGAUGUGAUAAACUGUUUGAGCUUUAUUACAUUUCGUUUGAUUCGGUUUCGCGUCGCGCGGCGUCCAUCGGCUUACUGCUUUUAGGAAGGAUUAUUGACAUGUUUUUACUUAAAUACAUCUUUCAACUGGUAAAAACUUAUUAAAUCUUGUUAGUAUUUCUAAUUUAAAUCACUUUAGAACAGAUGUUUGUACAAUCUAUUACUUAUUAAAUAGUAAUUUUGAAUACGAAAAGUUAAAAUACUUAGAAUUAAAUUAAUCCUUCUUAACAAGCAAUAUCUGAUCUUCAAACUUUUGUUUUGGCAAUAAUUACAAUUAAAAAACGUAUGUAACUGGAAAGAUGCACAUGCUUCUGUACUAACCGGUUUUAAAACCGAAAAAUCGCCGCAAACUAAAGCUAAGCUUUAUAUUCGUUCUAAACGAUUUUUGUUGUAACGGAAUUAUAAUUCCAUCCACCAUUCCUAUAUCUACAUAACUCGUAACGGAUCGUUUUUGUCAAAUUUUUGAAAUACUCGACAAGCUUCAAAACGAUCCGUUUUGUUAUUUAUUUAUGGGAAACGUCAAUUUAGCCAGGGCAACGCUUGACCUACUUUGAAAUCUGGCGUUAAAUUUAACAGCCAAGUUAGUUUUAGGUGUAUUUUCAUUUAUUUCAUUUUGUCUGUGUACGUAGUAUACCGACAGGAAUGGUUGGGGGGUAAUGUGUAUUAAUUGUGGUGUAAAUCCGGUUCA